AUGCAAAUUAAUUGCUCGUCGAUUUGGCAAUACAAGCAGGUGUAUGACGGCAACGUGGAGUAUGAUGCGGAUAUUGUCGGUGCAGGGGCUAUUGCAAGCUUUACUUUCACUGCAGUAAUGGCGCUGGUCACAACGAUUGCUCCAUUUGUCACCUAUUCUGUUCCAGAAGAACUCACGAAUGAAAUAGACGAGCUUAUCUGCCGGGCUUUGCGCAUCAUGCUAAAUGCAUCUGAGAGAGUCUUACGGCUGUCAAAGAGAACAGGCAUCGAAAGGGGUGAAGCAAGCCAAGAGCGCCUCGAAGCGUUUCAGUCCUUCAUGAUCUCCGUUAGCGACCAGGUCCUCGCCUCGGAAAUAGCCAUUUUGGUUGCAGCCUUUGCGAGAUAUAGCGACAUCACACUCUACUCUGUGAACGUUGUUGUGGCGUUAGGAUGUCUGGCAUCAACUGUCCACCUUGCACUGAUACCCCUGCUGAUCCGAAGAAUCGAAGACCACCAUGUCACCAAGCUAUUGAGGUGCCUUUUGAUGAUGGUGGCGGCGGCAAUCCUUGUUACACUCCUGGUGCUGCAGCUCUCACAGAGCUGGCAGUCUUAUGAGCAUGUCUACUUUCGCUGCGCUGUCAAGGACUUUGGAUUGGGCUGGUACUACCUCUAUUCCAACUGGGCUUUCAUUGCAAUGCGGCUUAUGGUGUUGUAUUUCAUCAUAUAUACUACUUACGAUGUCAUUCGACUCUUGUACUCGAAGCCCCGUCGCGAUGCCAAUCCCACUGCCGCCAGUGCGAGCUCAGAUUCCAUCGGCGGUAUUGCUGAAAUAAAAGAUCAAAGCCACCGCCACCUCGUUCCUAAGUAUACGACGCGUUCCCAAAAACAGAGAGUCCGGAGAGUGUGGCUGCGAUAUAAGGCUCGACAGGCUGCUGGCAAGAAGAUAGGCUUGAGGAAGCAAAAGUUCAAGGCUUUUACACUUGCGGAAACCUGGGCGUUCUACGAGUGUCAGGACAGCUUUACGUGGAGGGUACUGUGGCUUCUCUCUGGGAACAUUUACGGGAUCACCGAUGUAUUUUCGACGAGAGCUGACUCGAGCACCAUGUCUGGAAACCGUGACACGAUGGGCUAUGGUCAGAUUGUGUCCCUUGUGCUGCUGGUACUUCCCUUCUUCGCUGCAGCGGAGAGCAUAUACGGUUGGUCACCGCAAUGCCACAAACGCGGCGACAAGAGCUAA